CACUGAUAACAGCUGCUGCGAAACGGUAAACACAGAAGCUCUUUGAUUUGUCACCGUGAAUUUUCUCCUCUCAUCUCAGUGUGCGUGUUCACAACUCCUGAGCUCUAAGCCGAUCCGAAUUAGGUGCUCCUUUUGUUCUCCAAUUUAGACUCGCAACAGGGAUAAUGAUCGCGUGCUGAUAAGCCCAAUUACCCGGGUCUGCCGUGCGAGACUUUCCCGUCACUUCACUUGUCACUCGUUGUCAGUCGUGCUCGAAUCUCUGCUCGCGCGUACACUCCAUUCAUCGAUUUCCAUGUGUUUUGCGUGAAUCCGUACUCACGAUGGACCCAAAAAUCGUGAGUUUAUUGUGUUAUGUUCAAGCCAGCAUCCUGUCUCUCUUCCUGUGCAUCGGCCUCUCGGACCAGAGGGCCGUCUCUCUGAACCACAAGAAAUUGUUCCAUGACUUGAUCAGCGGUCAAGGAUUGUACAGCCCGGAGGAUAAGGUUCUCAUCCUGAAUGCCACCAACUUUAACAGCUCUGUUAUCAUGAACCCGAACCAGGCAUUAGUCGUCGAGUUCUACAACGCCUGGUGCGGACAUUGUAUCCGUUAUGCCCCAACGUGGAAGAACUUUGCUCGCAACAUACACAACUGGAAAGAUGUUGUCACCGUAGGUGCGGUCGACUGCUCUGCAGAAAUCAAUGGUCAGUUAUGUCGAGAUUAUGAGGUGAUGGCCUAUCCAACCUUGCGCUACUUCCCUCCCAACUCUCCGUUUGGAUUCUAUGGAGAUGACAUGAAACGUAUGUUCAACAUCAAUGAUCUGCGACACACGACAAUAGAAGCCAUGGAGAAAUCCGUCUCCGACAACAGAAGUGGCGCAUCCUGGCCAGAUGUUAAAGCAACAGAAAAUCUGACAGAAGCUCUAGCAGAGCUCCCUUCAGAGGUUGAAUUCAUCGCUAUUAUGUUUGACAAGCUCAAAUCAUUCGCUGGUGCCGAACUUAUCCUGGACUUCCACAAGGUACAAAAACUCAAAAUUUUCAGUGUAUUAGAGACUGACAGUGAUUCUGUUAGGUUAUAUGAUGUCAAAGAAUUUCCCAGUUUAUAUGUGAAACAGUCAGGGUCUUCAAAAUUGACUCAGUUGCCCGUUAGAAAUACAACAAGGGAAGAUUUUUAUGAUGCUAUGAAGGAUUUCCUCGGUAAGAAUGGAAUUUCAGUCCCCAAAAUAUCACCUAGCAAUGCAGCACCUGAAGUUCUAAAUCCUCAACAGAUAUUCGACAUCAUUAGCCAAGAGCAAACCCUAUCUGAUGACAAAGUAUAUCAGCUGGACUUGGAGAUGGCUCUCAGACAUGUGCUUUUCCAUGAGCUGCGUAUGCGUAAAGAAUUUGCUGGUGAAAGUCUACAUGCAUUGAAGCAUAUCGUUAGAGUGAUAGCCCGUUACUUCCCUGUAGACCCUGCUGGCAAAGCAUUGCUCCAACAGUUCAGCAAUGAUGUCUGGAACCACCCAGGAUCAAUGACUAUCGAUCAGUACAACAAAUAUGUUGAGCCCUUUGAAAAAGAAACAUCCAAGUAUCUGCUCAGCCCUGGUGGUUAUAUGAAUUGUGCGAAGAGCUCUACAAAGCCACCGUGCUCGCUGUGGCUCCUUUUUCACACGUUGACUGUUCAAGCUGAUGCCAAGCAUGAGGAUUACAAUGACUCAGAUCCCUUAGACGUUUUGCGGAGUAUGGCCGGUUAUGUGAAAAAUUUCUUCGGCUGUACGGAAUGCGCUCAUCACUUUUUAGGCAUGGCAGCUACAAUGCCUUCAGAGGUGGUAUCUUUUAAUAAAAGCAUUCUGUGGCUGUGGAAUGCUCAUAAUAAAGUGAACGCUCGUCUUAGUAAUGACUCAGUUGGUGGUCGUUUGAAAAUACAAUUUCCAUCUGCGAUAAAUUGUCCAAAGUGUAGGAACGGAAAUGAGUGGAAUGAGGAGGAAGUUUUAGAUCAUUUAAAGAGUGUUUACACAAAAAUCAGCUACCAUCCACUUCCAAAAGUCGAAACUACGGAAAGCCCAUCACACAGAAUGAAUGAUGCCGUCUCAAAUGAUGAGAUCGGCUACCGAGAAGAGGUUCUUAUCUCGUCCUCUGUAAACAUUAACUUUUUUGACAUAGGUUUUUGUAUUGGCCUGUAUGCCUUUUCAGCAACUGUGUUGCUGUUUAUCUGUAUUAAAUUUUUAGUCAAACGGGGUAACAGGAAGAAGUUCAACCCUUUUCUAGAGGCUUUUGGGCGAGGGUGAUGCCUGGUUUUUGUUAUCGUUUUUCUACUUUUUUAUUUUUUUGUUUGUUAGUUCCUGAUUUGUAAACUGAAGUGUUAGACCAAAGAAACGAAUUUAAGUUUAUAGCUUCAAGUUAAUCUGUAUGUAAAUUAACCUCUGUUGAGUGAUUUUUCUUUCUCUUAAGGAUUUUAUCUGUGUUUAUGUCACCAUCAAAAAUGUUUGAAAAGGGAGUUCAAUUUACCUAAUUUUUUUCUUCUUUUGACAUGUAAAAACAACUGCCUACCAAAUUCAAAGAAAUUCCUUUUAUUGGUUGAUCGCAGACAAAGAGUUUGAAUUUUUUAAAAGGUACAAAAUUUAUAAGCGGGAAUAUUUUUGUUCUAUUCAUAAUGCUGACAAAAGAUUUGUAUCAUUUUCACCUCACUUUCUUUAAUUGAAACAAUUAAGGAAUUUUUUUAGGAAAGUGAUUCUGCUACAAUUAUGCAAUUUUUCACAGCGUUUUCAGCAAAUGUAAUUCAUUUACAAUCGACUUUUUUCCAAACAGUAGUGAGGAAAAAUUCAAAUUAUUUUAAAAGGAAAAUGUGUGGCAAAGCCUUUAGAUAGGUCACUGCUUUGCACAAUCUUAUUAGCAUUUAAGGCUCCUUACACCCUUUAAUCAAAUAGGUAAGUCCUCAAUUCUAGGCGUAUUCUCCUUCAGGAAGUGUGACCAAAAUGGUUACCUUAGUUAAUAUCAUGACCACCAGAAACUUGUUUUUGAGGAAUGUCCUUUUUUUUGGUGAGAAAUGUUUUGAAAUUUUUGAGUCCGAAUCAAUUUUCUUUUGCAUUGCUUAAUACCGGAUUCUCCCUGUAAUGAAAUAUAAAUGGAAGAGAUAUCAGAAAGUCAGCAUUUUUUUCAAUUAAGCAGAGAUUUUGUAGAUUCUGUGAACGUUUUGGUUUUUUUCUUUAUUUUUUUGUUUUACAGCGAUAUAGAAAUGAUGAUUUAUCAAACAACUAAGCCACUAAUGGUGACAUUUGUUUCAAGAUUCUAUAGCUUUUGUUUUUAACAGAGAAAGUCUCACAAAACACAGCAUUCCUUAAUCUGAAGCUGCACACUCAUGCAAUUGCUUUCUUCAAAACAUGAAAGCGUAAAUCUUUCUCUAUGAAAUUGAACAAUACCUUUCUUUUCUUUUUUUCUCCCGAAACUAUUAUUUUAUGUACUAAUUAUUCAUAUUAGCUUGAUGAGCGUUUAUGAGGCUGUGAUUCUUUGAAUGUGGUAUUAAUGAGUAAUAAUGUUUCCAAUAUUCUUCCUUUAAUUUUGGUUUCAAAACUAUUUGCAUGGUUUGUGCAACCUUGAGAAGUCCUUGAUUUUGGAAAAAAUUUCAAGGCUUCAAAAGAGCUCGCAUUUUUGAGAAGUUUUUGAAGAGUGCUCAUAUUAUUAAUUUUUUAAUAAUUGUUAGUGGUAAAGAUUUGACUUUGAGAAAUAACAAAGCUCUUGAUGUUAAGUAAGUCGUUUGGAAAGACAUUACGAAGAAAAUUGUGAUCUAUUUUCAAAGAUAACCAAAUAUUACUUACUUGGGCUCACAAGACGAGGCAAAAACUGUAUGUUCAGGAAUCAAUUACAAAAGCUGUUUUGGAAAAUGCUUGAUUUUUUAUUCUCAAGGCCGCACAAAUCAUGUUUAAGCUGUAUUUGAAUCUUUUUUAUUCCUGGAAAAUUAAGUACAUCCAGAACAGUUUCCUGACAUCAAAUGAUCGAAGAUUCAAGUUUCAGUUUACAUCUUUGACUUCUUUGUUUUGAUGAAGAACAGAAUUUAGUUUUAAAUUAUUGAUAGAGUAGAAAGUCUUGGAGUUUUCCAAAGUAUUUUGUAAGGUAAAGGUUUUCUUCAUUUUUCAUUGUUGAAGUAUUCUUAAAAUUGCACCAACGCUUAUUUAUUUAUUUUCCUGCUUAAAAGGAGGUCAAUAUGCCCCAACACUUAAUUUUUCUUGUUAUCAAGUCAGUCUUUCUUGGAUGUGUCAUGUAAGAUCGAAUUUAUCACAUGGUAUAUCAUGAAGAGGUCCUGUUCUCAUGCAAGAUGUAUCGGAACUUGCUGUGGAGAGGAAAAAAAAUCUGACCAUACUUUCUAUCAGCAAAGGCAGUGAAUAAAAUAAAUAAACGUGGUGAUUAUUUUUGUUCGAGUAUGUCUAUAAUUCAGGUUCAGCAGCAUUAGGGCCAAAUCCAUGAUUACUUUUGUGUAUAGUAUUUCUCUGUAACAAACAAGAUUUCUCUCUUGCACUUCUCAGUUAAUUUUUUUAUUAUUAUCGAUUUAGAAUGAUAGAACAAUAUAAACUCAGGCAGUCAGGGAGAGAACAAGCUGUCUUUAUUGACUGAUAAGGGUAAGUUUACUUAUGUUUUCAAUAGGCUGCAGAAAAAUAACUUUAAUUUGUCAGUCAAUGACUCCAUGUGACACAAACAGCCUUAUAACUCAUUUUAAAGCUGAUUCUUACCCGUUGGAUCCUCAUAUUCAUUGCAGCGCAGCUCUCACUUGAAAUGAACCAUUUCAAGAAAAAUGACAGAAAUUUUACAGAUUUCAGAGAGGUCUUGUGCACCAAUGAAGGUCCUCAUAAACCUCCGUAAUACUCUUGGCUUGAUGACAAGCACAAGACUUUCUCAGGAGAAUGAUUUAUACCUCUAGUCUUUCGAACUAAUUUUAAGCUGUAUUUAAGUUCCCCCGUGCAUGUACCCGUUUCAUACUAGUUUAAUACAUUAAUCAUUGUCUAGUUUAGUUUAAGACUACUCUUGUCAAAUUCACCCAAAUCAUUGAAAUGGUAAGAGGAAAUGAAAGAAACGAAAAUUAAUGGAUUGAAAAAAUUUGCGAGUGUCUAAAAUUUGAAUUAAGUCAUAGCAAUGAAUGUUCAAUAACUCUCGGUAGAAGUUGGAGCUAUGUUUCCUAUGAACUGAAAACAUAAUGAUGUCACCAUGCUACUUAGUCACUUAUUUUCAAAUUAAUCUUCUUCAGUAUCUCCAGUUGAAAAAAUUAUUUACAAUAUUGUAAACUUUUUAAAAAUGAAUUUUCAUAUGACUAUUAAAACUACUCUGGGUUCGUCCGCUUAUCAAUAAAUCUCUCCGGCUGAAAUGAAUGUAAUGAAAGAAUUUUAUUGGGUAAAAUUGAUUCAGAAAUCAAGAGAUGCUUGGAUGCUUGUCAACAGAAUUUUCCUUUUCUUUGAGCCCAACUUCAUUGAAAAUUUAUUUUUAGAAAGUGUAAGCCUCUCAUAUACUUCUGAAUUGCUUUACAAACACUUUUUAUAUUCUGGGUAAAAUUUUAAUCUCCUUAUUUCCUUUGAAAACGGUAGCUCGAUAAAAUCGACGACUAUACCACUUCUUGAAGAAGAUAUUUUUGUUCCUUUUCAGCAUCGAUCCCUCAAAGCCUAUGAACUACUUAAGAAUGUCACUCUCAUUACUAAGAAACAUUUAAUAACUGGACGGAAUGAAACAAAAUCAGUCUAAUUACAUUAUCUAUUGCCUUAUUUGUUCUGAUUCUUUACUUUUCAACAAAAAACCAAGCAGUUUUUCUGCACCGAGACUUAGAGUUUGUGUCAUUUGUAAUCCAAAGCAAAUUCAGAAAAAGUUUUGAACCAUUAUGUUCAAAAGUUUUUGCUUCAAGCAAUGAAACAUAAGAUAGAACUUGGCAAUAUAGAAUGCAGUCAGGCUAGUUUUAUGUAAUGCUGUCCAAUUGUUGGAGCCUUUUUAGGGGGGAUCGCUAAUCAGAUGAAUAUGUAUAUUUCACUUUUUAGAUCCAUCGGCUGACAAUUAAUCACUUUCAUUGUAUGCUUUUGUGCUCGUUGUAUUGAUUUAUUCAUGAUACGUAAGAGAACAUUGCAUUGUUUAAGGACUUAAAGAGCCUGUCAGUUUGAUGUUAGAUGUGUGAGGGUCCCCCCUCCCCCCUAAAAAGUGAAAGUUCUGCGUUCUUGAAUUUUACUGUUAUUUUAUAGGUUGUAUUAUUUGAGUGAGAGACUUCUACUUAUCUUCUGUCUAAGUGUCCACCACUAUUCGUACAAUUUGGUGAAAACUCUUAUUUUUGGGUUCUUUCUUUUUCAAUGACUUCUCAAGUUUCAACUAUAAAAUGUUAUUGUUGUGAGUUGUGUGCAACUGUUUUCCGGUUUCUCCGUCAAAAAUUUAGCAGAUUUUUCCUUUUGAAGCAUUCUGGCUUGACUUCAUAAAUUUUUUUAACCUUUAAAAUCAAAGUUUUUGCAUUUAAGGGCAAAGAAGCUUCAUUUUAUCUUCUUUAGAUUCUUAGAUGGGCACAGUAGAAUAUGAUGAUAUGACAAUCGAAUAAGUACCUACAUAUCGAAAACGUAAUCUGAUCAGUAAGUUCUCUCUCAUUAAUCGGAUUAAAUUGUAUCUUCUUGUAUCUCUCUGUAAUCUUCUUGUAUCUCUCUGUAAUCUUCUUGUAUCUCUCUGUAAUCUUCUUUUUUCUUUUAUUUCUUUUUAUUUAAAACCAUAAGCCCUUAUCAAGUGGUGGCUGUAAAAUUUGGAGGAAUUCUCCGUUCUUAAAGUGUCACUAUCAAUUUGUUCUUGCAAUAAGAAAAAAGAAUUUGUCAGAAUUUAAGAUUUUUUCUAAGUUAAUUAGUUUCUACGCAUUCAUUCUCUUCUGAGUUACCCGUAUAAUUUGUAUCUUGGGAGCUCUCGAUGUUGUUUUUCUCCACACAAUUUUAAUUUUAAUGCAUUUAUUAUGAAUGAUUUCAGUGACAAUGCAAAAUCUGUCUUCUCUUUUGCUAAAAUUGUUUCCUGCCAAUGUAUUACUUCCAUCUUACUGGGCCAUUCUUUAGUUUCUCUCUUUUAUUGAAGAAAUGCGUGCUUUCCUCAGAUUUUUGUUGGGUCAUUUUUACUUGCUCAAAAUGAAAUUAAAAUUGUCUGGGAUGGUAACGUGAGUGUAAUCGCACAUACCUUAUUUUAUAAAAUCUGCCGUUGUUCAUGAAGAUGUACAAUUUACUCCCACCUGAAGUCAUUUCAGAUUUUCAUUUUACCUCGAUAAUAGCUCUCAUCUUUUAGCGGUGGUGUUCAUUUCUUUAAUUUUCUACUGACCAAGAGUUUUCAGAAUCAACUUAAUUCUGUAGUUUUGCAUCUUGAGAAAUAUUUGUCUCUUUAUCAGCAGCACUUGUCGCUGCAUUUACCAAGUCCAAAACUAAAACUCAAGAAACAACUCAUACCUACAUACAUUGUUUAGUUUUGAAAUGUUAAUUCAUGGUUUGUUCUUUUAACCUAUCACCUACUUAAUUUUUUUUAUUUAAAUUGGUGCAAUAUAAUUAAAAAUAAUAAUAGCACAUUUUCAGGAAUGAAAUUGGUUAGUUUUCUGAGAAAAUAUUGAAAUUUGUAAGAACUUCUUCCAACACUGCAACUCAUGUAUAUUUUUGUAACAAAGCCAUCAAAGUUUGAUUUUAUUUUAGCUUUUUUUUCACUUUAAUGCUCAUUAAUUUUGCACCGUACCACUCCUUUGAACUUUUUUUCUGACCAGUAUCAUUGUAAUUAUUAACUUAAUAUUUAGGUGGCAUUAUUCCUAAUGCUAAGCUAGUAGUGAGAAUGUUCUAACUCAUCUGCAAAGAUUAUAUUUUUUUAACUGUCAUACACAGAAUUAUAAAAUUAUUUUUAAUGGCUAAAUACUGAUGGUGAAACUAAGAAAACAGUUAUCUUAAUUUGCGGCAGAGCGAUUUUCCUGUAUCAUUUAUACAGCUGAAAAAUUAUACCAAACCGUUUCUGAUUUGCAAAAAUUUCCAUGAUUUUUCUGUAAUUGCUCAUCCAAAAUAUUCCUCUAAAAUGUUAUGCUAAAGUACAAAUCAGCUUUCAAUCAAAGAAAUAACAUAAGACCAGGAAUUUAGAAACAUCGCAAUCGAGAUGUAUGCCUUUCAAAGUUUCACCAUCGGUUUUCUCUGAGGUUCAUCUGAAAUUGGUCGAAUUUACAAUUCUUUUAUUGUCAUCACAGUUACUGUAAUUAUUUUUGUUAUGAUUUACAUUCUUCCUCUAAGUUACAUCUCCUUGUUUGAAUAUUUUUUGUGUAGAGACCCUUUGUAUCUGGAUCAGAAAUUUAUGCUUAAAUUCAUAUUGCUUGAAAGGGUCGAGUAAAAAAAACUCAAAAAGUGAUUGAAUUUCUGAGCCCUUAGCAAAUCCGUUGAUAUUUUGAUCGAGAUUGAAAUCUUGAUCAAGCCCUUGCAUUUUCAAGUAGGUUUUUUCUUCAUAUUUUUGUAUUCAAGCAUUUUAGAAUCUCACGUUUUUUUGUUUUUGUUUUUUUGUAAAACCAAGGACUGGCUGAUCAGUCUGAAGACAAGAAUUUAUGUUAUUUCCUGUAAGUGUAUAAAAAGUCAUUAAAAGAUGCUCUAUAUUUCUGAAAAA